CUAAAGUAAUUAACAAGAUCUUUGCCCUUUAGACAUAUGCACAUAAUUACUAUUCACAAUCCCAUAGAACAUUUUUUCGAAUUAUAAUUCACAUUUAUACAGAAAAAAAGGAAAAUCGACAGAAAUUGAAGCAGAUGCUGUUUGGGAAAGGGAUGCAGUGGGAUCUGCUAUGUAUAAAUAGAAAUUUGAUGAAUAUAUUUGUCGGGUUCUUGUUAUUUCUGUUUGUAGUGAGUAAACAUGGAGUGGAUGCAUCGAUCCACGAGUACAAGAACGAGGCAUUUAUUCCUAGGUUCAAUUCGUUCUUUUUCCAUGGUGGCAGUGAGGGACUCUAUGCUUCCAAGAUUCUUGAACCCCCUAAAAUGACGACGAACGAUGAUAAUGCUAAGCCCCUAAAUGGAAAAUCCUUCAUCAGGUUUGAGUCUAUCAUAUUUAGGAGACCAAAAGAGAUUGCUGACAAGCAGAAUGAGAUGCAGCAGAGUACUGGAGUGAUAGAAGCCAUAGUAGUUGAGGUCAAAGACAGGGAUAAGAUUGGGGGUGCUUAUAUGAAUUCUAACGCAAUAUGUUGCAAUCCUGCCCUUGCUAAGGAUUUGUCCUGCAAGUUAGGAGAGGUUAUCAUCCGCCAAGAUUCUGAUAAUCCAGACUGGCCGAAAAGGCUGCAAACUUCCUUUCAGGGAAAAAAUGAAGAGGCUAACAUGAUUCUUCAAACUGUGGAGAUAAAUAAAACAGGAAUGUACUAUCUGUACUUUGUGUUUUGUGAUCCAGAACUCAAGGGCACCUUAAUCAGUGGUAGAACCGUGUGGAGAAAUCCGGAAGGCUAUCUUCCGGGGAAGAUGGCCCCGUUGAUGACAUUUUAUGGCUUAAUGUCUCUAGCAUACCUUGCUCUUGGUCUAUUAUGGUUUCUGCGAUUUGUACAACAUUGGAAAGAUAUAAUACAAUUGCAUUACCAAAUCACCGCUGUGAUUGGUCUGGGAAUGUGUGAAAUGGCUCUUUGGUACUUUGAAUAUGCAAACUUUAAUGACUCUGGAAGUAGACCAAUGGGAAUUACGCUUUGGGCAGUAACCUUCAGUGCUAUAAAGAAAACUGUCUCUCGUCUUCUUCUCCUAGUGGUUUCAAUGGGUUACGGUGUUAUGAGGCCCACUCUAGGAGGCAUAACCACGAAAAUAAUACUUCUUGGUGCAGUUUAUUUUGUCGCUUCAGAGGCCUUGGAGCUUGUUGAGCAUUUGGGUAAUAUCAAUGACUUUGCUGGAAAAUCAAGACUCUUUUUGGUGCUACCAGUUGCACUUUUAGAUGCAUUCUUUAUUAUUUGGAUCUUUUCGUCAUUAUCCAAAACUCUGGAGAAGCUUCAGAUGCGGAGAAGCAUGGCCAAACUUGAGCUCUACCGAAAGUUUACCAAUGCUCUAGCAGUAUCCGUUCUUCUUUCAGUUGCUUGGAUUGGCUAUGAAUUGUACUUCAAUGCAAGUGACCCCCUGAGCGAAUUGUGGCGAAGAGCCUGGAUCAUCCCAGCUUUCUGGACAUUGCUUGCAUACUUACUAUUAGUGGUUAUAUGCAUUCUCUUGGCUCCUUCACAUAACCCAACGAGGUAUGCAUAUGAGACUGGUGAUGAUGAGGAAGAGGGUAUAUCCCUGACUGGAACUGGAGUAAUACUAGCAGGAGAUUUGGCAUCCAAAGUGGAAAGAAAGGAUAGGAAGGUGUCAAUUGCAGCAGAUCAUGUUUUUGGCCUCAGUGAAGAUCUCGAGGAGGACAAGAGAGAAUGACGUCUCUUUCAUCGUGUAUUUCUCCUAGAACUUACAGCUUCAUCUGCACAUACACAAGUUUUCCUUAAUCCUUACUUGCGCUCAUUACUCUAUAUUUUUAUUUCUGCACUAACUGAGAAUAGAUUCAAUAGAAAUGCUAAAGCACAAAUUAGUAACCUUAGCUGUGACAUCUACCGUAUGUUACCAGAUCACACAAAUUUUGUAGGUAAUCGAAGUUCGGUCGCUAGAAUGUCAGAGUGAAGUUUAGA